CAAGUAGUAGAAGGUUUAUUGACUAAAUAAUGCACAUGAAAUGAUGUCAUAUAGUUGAAAGCAUCCACAUGAGAUAAAAAAAAAAAAUUAAAACUGCACCUAACACUUCCGGGUGGGUUUGAUUCUCACUGUUAUUAUUUACCCUUUUAUUUUGCCAUCUCAUGACGUCACUCGCAUCCCCACUCGCCCGUUGGUCCGUGCCGCCACCUCGCGGAUCAGUCCGCACCCGCGAUUGGCUACCGGCGGCCCCCACGUCACCGGGGCGGUCAGACCACCGGGAUAAAGAGAUGGAGCGCGCGCGCGUCCCCAUCACAAACCGCACAGACGCGCACGCGUGCACGAACAUGGGGAACCCCAGAGUUUUCUUUGACAUCACGAUCGAUGGAGGCAACGCGGGGAGGAUCGUAAUGGAGCUCCGGGCCGACGUCGUCCCAAAGACUGCAGAAAACUUCCGUGCCUUGUGCACCGGGGAGAAAGGAUUCGGCUACAGAGGCUCCACGUUCCACCGGCUCAUCCCCAAGUUCAUGUGCCAGGGCGGCGACUUCACCAACCACAACGGAACCGGCGGCAAGUCCAUCUACGGCGAGAAGUUCGCAGACGAGAACUUCCAGCUGAAGCACGAGGGCCCGGGGACGCUGUCCAUGGCCAACGCCGGGCCCAACACCAACGGCUCCCAGUUCUUCAUCUGCACCGACAAGACGGACUGGCUCGACAAGAAGCACGUGGUGUUCGGCAACGUGGUGGACGGCGCAGACGUGGUCAAGGCGAUGGAGAAGCAGGGCACGAAGAGCGGCACCCCGAAGGCCAAGGUCGUCAUCGCCGACUGCGGCGAGCUCAAGUAGCGCAACGGAGUCCGCACGUCCCCUUUAUUAGCUGCAUCCUGACAUGUGGUGUCUCCAGCAUCGUCCCCUUUAUUAGCCACGUCCCGACACCCGUGUGUCUCCAGCAUCGUCCCCUUCAUUAGACACGUCCCGACACCCAGCAUCGUCCCCUUUAUUAGCCACGUCCCGACACCCGUGUGUCUCCAGCAUCGUCCCCUUCAUUAGACACGUCCCGACACCCGUGUGUCUCCAGCAUCGUCCCCUUCAUUAGACACGUCCCGACACCCGUGUGUCUCCAGCAUCGUCCCCUUCAUUAGCCACGUCCCGACAUCCGUGUGUCUCCAUCAUUGUCCCCUUUAUUAGACACGUCCCGACACCCGUGUGUCUCCAACGUCGUCCCCUUCAUUAGCCACGUCCCGACACCCGUGUGUCUCCAGCAUUGUCCCCUUCAUUAGCCACGUCCCGACACCCGUGUGUCUCCAUCAUUGUCCCCUUUAUUAGACACGUCCCGACACCCGUGUGUCUCCAACGUCGUCCCCUUCAUUAGCCACGUCCCGACACCCGUGUGUCUCCAUCAUUGUCCCCUUUAUUAGACACGUCCCGACACCCGUGUGUCUCCAACGUCGUCCCCUUCAUUAGCCACGUCCCGACACCCGUGUGUCUCCAUCAUUGUCCCCUUCAUUAGACACGUGAGCCGUUCUUUGAGGACCACGUUUCUGGAUAAAACGAUGUUAAUGGGGUAAAUAAAAGUACUUGAAAGCUUAA